AUGAUGGUGGUGGUGUUGGGCACGACUUGUGCGUUGUCGAGUAAUUGUUCUGUUGUGAGUUGCGCGACAUCGGUAACUGGUUGUGAUGUUGGAGAUGCAGAUGUUGGUUGUGUGGAUUGUGCAUUGGUGAGUGUAGUCUCAGUGUUGAUGAUGGUGGUGGUGUUGGGCACGACUUGUGCGUUGUCGAGUAAUUGUUCUGUUGUGAGUUGCGCGACAUCGGUAACUGGUUGUGAUGUUGGAGAUGCAGAUGUUGGUUGUGUGGAUUGUGCAGUGGUGAGUGUAGUCUCAGUGUUGAUGAUGGUGGUGGUGUUGGGCACGACUUGUGCGUUGUCGAGUAAUUGUUCUGUUGUGAGUUGCGCGACAUCGGUAACUGGUUGUGAUGUUGGAGAUGCAGAUGUUGGUUGUGUGGAUUGUGCAGUGGUGAGUGUAGUCUCAGUGUUGAUGAUGGUGGUGGUGUUGGGCACGACUUGUGCGUUGUCGAGUAAUUGUUCUGUUGUGAGUUGCGCGACAUCGGUAACUGGUUGUGAUGUUGGAGAUGCAGAUGUUGGUUGUGUGGAUUGUGCAGUGGUGAGUGUAGUCUCAGUGUUGAUGAUGGUGGUGGUGUUGGGCACGACUUGUGCGUUGUCGAGUAAUUGUUCUGUUGUGAGUUGCGCGACAUCGGUAACUGGUUGUGAUGUUGGAGAUGCAGAUGUUGGUUGUGUGGAUUGUGCAGUGGUGAGUGUAGUCUCAGUGUUGAUGAUGGUGGUGGUGUUGGGCACGACUUGUGCGUUGUCGAGUAAUUGUUCUGUUGUGAGUUGCGCAACAUCGGUAACUGGUUGUGAUGUUGGAGAUGCAGAUGUUGGUUGUGUGGAUUGUGCAGUGGUGAGUGUAGUCUCAGUGUUGAUGAUGGUGGUGGUGUUGGGCACGACUUGUGCGUUGUCGAGUAAUUGUUCUGUUGUGAGUUGCGCGACAUCGGUAACUGGUUGUGAUGUUGGAGAUGCAGAUGUUGGUUGUGUGGAUUGUGCAGUGGUGAGUGUAGUCUCAGUGUUGAUGAUGGUGGUGGUGUUGGGCACGACUUGUGCGUUGUCGAGUAAUUGUUCUGUUGUGAGUUGCGCGACAUCGGUAACUGGUUGUGAUGUUGGAGAUGCAGAUGUUGGUUGUGUGGAUUGUGCAGUGGUGAGUGUAGUCUCAGUGUUGAUGAUGGUGGUGGUGUUGGGCACGACUUGUGCGUUGUCGAGUAAUUGUUCUGUUGUGAGUUGCGCGACAUCGGUAACUGGUUGUGAUGUUGGAGAUGCAGAUGUUGGUUGUGUGGAUUGUGCAGUGGUGAGUGUAGUCUCAGUGUUGAUGAUGGUGGUGGUGUUGGGCACGACUUGUGCGUUGUCGAGUAAUUGUUCUGUUGUGAGUUGCGCGACAUCGGUAACUGGUUGUGAUGUUGGAGAUGCAGAUGUUGGUUGUGUGGAUUGUGCAUUGGUGAGUGUAGUCUCAGUGUUGAUGAUGGUGGUGGUGUUGGGCACGACUUGUGCGUUGUCGAGUAAUUGUUCUGUUGUGAGUUGCGCGACAUCGGUAACUGGUUGUGAUGUUGGAGAUGCAGAUGUUGGUUGUGUGGAUUGUGCAGUGGUGAGUGUAGUCUCAGUGUUGAUGAUGGUGGUGGUGUUGGGCACGACUUGUGCGUUGUCGAGUAAUUGUUCUGUUGUGAGUUGCGCGACAUCGGUAACUGGUUGUGAUGUUGGAGAUGCAGAUGUUGGUUGUGUGGAUUGUGCAGUGGUGAGUGUAGUCUCAGUGUUGAUGAUGGUGGUGGUGUUGGGCACGACUUGUGCGUUGUCGAGUAAUUGUUCUGUUGUGAGUUGCGCGACAUCGGUAACUGGUUGUGAUGUUGGAGAUGCAGAUGUUGGUUGUGUGGAUUGUGCAGUGGUGAGUGUAGUCUCAGUGUUGAUGAUGGUGGUGGUGUUGGGCACGACUUGUGCGUUGUCGAGUAAUUGUUCUGUUGUGAGUUGCGCGACAUCGGUAACUGGUUGUGAUGUUGGAGAUGCAGAUGUUGGUUGUGUGGAUUGUGCAGUGGUGAGUGUAGUCUCAGUGUUGAUGAUGGUGGUGGUGUUGGGCACGACUUGUGCGUUGUCGAGUAAUUGUUCUGUUGUGAGUUGCGCGACAUCGGUAACUGGUUGUGAUGUUGGAGAUGCAGAUGUUGGUUGUGUGGAUUGUGCAGUGGUGAGUGUAGUCUCAGUGUUGAUGAUGGUGGUGGUGUUGGGCACGACUUGUGCGUUGUCGAGUAAUUGUUCUGUUGUGAGUUGCGCGACAUCGGUAACUGGUUGUGAUGUUGGAGAUGCAGAUGUUGGUUGUGUGGAUUGUGCAGUGGUGAGUGUAGUCUCAGUGUUGAUGAUGGUGGUGGUGUUGGGCACGACUUGUGCGUUGUCGAGUAAUUGUUCUGUUGUGAGUUGCGCGACAUCGGUAACUGGUUGUGAUGUUGGAGAUGCAGAUGUUGGUUGUGUGGAUUGUGCAGUGGUGAGUGUAGUCUCAGUGUUGAUGAUGGUGGUGGUGUUGGGCACGACUUGUGCGUUGUCGAGUAAUUGUUCUGUUGUGAGUUGCGCGACAUCGGUAACUGGUUGUGAUGUUGGAGAUGCAGAUGUUGGUUGUGUGGAUUGUGCAGUGGUGAGUGUAGUCUCAGUGUUGAUGAUGGUGGUGGUGUUGGGCACGACUUGUGCGUUGUCGAGUAAUUGUUCUGUUGUGAGUUGCGCGACAUCGGUAACUGGUUGUGAUGUUGGAGAUGCAGAUGUUGGUUGUGUGGAUUGUGCAGUGGUGAGUGUAGUCUCAGUGUUGAUGAUGGUGGUGGUGUUGGGCACGACUUGUGCGUUGUCGAGUAAUUGUUCUGUUGUGAGUUGCGCGACAUCGGUAACUGGUUGUGAUGUUGGAGAUGCAGAUGUUGGUUGUGUGGAUUGUGCAGUGGUGAGUGUAGUCUCAGUGUUGAUGAUGGUGGUGGUGUUGGGCACGACUUGUGCGUUGUCGAGUAAUUGUUCUGUUGUGAGUUGCGCGACAUCGGUAACUGGUUGUGAUGUUGGAGAUGCAGAUGUUGGUUGUGUGGAUUGUGCAGUGGUGAGUGUAGUCUCAGUGUUGAUGAUGGUGGUGGUGUUGGGCACGACUUGUGCGUUGUCGAGUAAUUGUUCUGUUGUGAGUUGCGCGACAUCGGUAACUGGUUGUGAUGUUGGAGAUGCAGAUGUUGGUUGUGUGGAUUGUGCAGUGGUGAGUGUAGUCUCAGUGUUGAUGAUGGUGGUGGUGUUGGGCACGACUUGUGCGUUGUCGAGUAAUUGUUCUGUUGUGAGUUGCGCGACAUCGGUAACUGGUUGUGAUGUUGGAGAUGCAGAUGUUGGUUGUGUGGAUUGUGCAGUGGUGAGUGUAGUCUCAGUGUUGAUGAUGGUGGUGGUGUUGGGCACGACUUGUGCGUUGUCGAGUAAUUGUUCUGUUGUGAGUUGCGCGACAUCGGUAACUGGUUGUGAUGUUGGAGAUGCAGAUGUUGGUUGUGUGGAUUGUGCAGUGGUGAGUGUAGUCUCAGUGUUGAUGAUGGUGGUGGUGUUGGGCACGACUUGUGCGUUGUCGAGUAAUUGUUCUGUUGUGAGUUGCGCGACAUCGGUAACUGGUUGUGAUGUUGGAGAUGCAGAUGUUGGUUGUGUGGAUUGUGCAGUGGUGAGUGUAGUCUCAGUGUUGAUGAUGGUGGUGGUGUUGGGCACGACUUGUGCGUUGUCGAGUAAUUGUUCUGUUGUGAGUUGCGCGACAUCGGUAACUGGUUGUGAUGUUGGAGAUGCAGAUGUUGGUUGUGUGGAUUGUGCAGUGGUGAGUGUAGUCUCAGUGUUGAUGAUGGUGGUGGUGUUGGGCACGACUUGUGCGUUGUCGAGUAAUUGUUCUGUUGUGAGUUGCGCGACAUCGGUAACUGGUUGUGAUGUUGGAGAUGCAGAUGUUGGUUGUGUGGAUUGUGCAGUGGUGAGUGUAGUCUCAGUGUUGAUGAUGGUGGUGGUGUUGGGCACGACUUGUGCGUUGUCGAGUAAUUGUUCUGUUGUGAGUUGCGCGACAUCGGUAACUGGUUGUGAUGUUGGAGAUGCAGAUGUUGGUUGUGUGGAUUGUGCAGUGGUGAGUGUAGUCUCAGUGUUGAUGAUGGUGGUGGUGUUGGGCACGACUUGUGCGUUGUCGAGUAAUUGUUCUGUUGUGAGUUGCGCGACAUCGGUAACUGGUUGUGAUGUUGGAGAUGCAGAUGUUGGUUGUGUGGAUUGUGCAGUGGUGAGUGUAGUCUCAGUGUUGAUGAUGGUGGUGGUGUUGGGCACGACUUGUGCGUUGUCGAGUAAUUGUUCUGUUGUGAGUUGCGCGACAUCGGUAACUGGUUGUGAUGUUGGAGAUGCAGAUGUUGGUUGUGUGGAUUGUGCAGUGGUGAGUGUAGUCUCAGUGUUGAUGAUGGUGGUGGUGUUGGGCACGACUUGUGCGUUGUCGAGUAAUUGUUCUGUUGUGAGUUGCGCGACAUCGGUAACUGGUUGUGAUGUUGGAGAUGCAGAUGUUGGUUGUGUGGAUUGUGCAGUGGUGAGUGUAGUCUCAGUGUUGAUGAUGGUGGUGGUGUUGGGCACGACUUGUGCGUUGUCGAGUAAUUGUUCUGUUGUGAGUUGCGCGACAUCGGUAACUGGUUGUGAUGUUGGAGAUGCAGAUGUUGGUUGUGUGGAUUGUGCAGUGGUGAGUGUAGUCUCAGUGUUGAUGAUGGUGGUGGUGUUGGGCACGACUUGUGCGUUGUCGAGUAAUUGUUCUGUUGUGAGUUGCGCGACAUCGGUAACUGGUUGUGAUGUUGGAGAUGCAGAUGUUGGUUGUGUGGAUUGUGCAGUGGUGAGUGUAGUCUCAGUGUUGAUGAUGGUGGUGGUGUUGGGCACGACUUGUGCGUUGUCGAGUAAUUGUUCUGUUGUGAGUUGCGCGACAUCGGUAACUGGUUGUGAUGUUGGAGAUGCAGAUGUUGGUUGUGUGGAUUGUGCAGUGGUGAGUGUAGUCUCAGUGUUGAUGAUGGUGGUGGUGUUGGGCACGACUUGUGCGUUGUCGAGUAAUUGUUCUGUUGUGAGUUGCGCGACAUCGGUAACUGGUUGUGAUGUUGGAGAUGCAGAUGUUGGUUGUGUGGAUUGUGCAGUGGUGAGUGUAGUCUCAGUGUUGAUGAUGGUGGUGGUGUUGGGCACGACUUGUGCGUUGUCGAGUAAUUGUUCUGUUGUGAGUUGCGCGACAUCGGUAACUGGUUGUGAUGUUGGAGAUGCAGAUGUUGGUUGUGUGGAUUGUGCAGUGGUGAGUGUAGUCUCAGUGUUGAUGAUGGUGGUGGUGUUGGGCACGACUUGUGCGUUGUCGAGUAAUUGUUCUGUUGUGAGUUGCGCGACAUCGGUAACUGGUUGUGAUGUUGGAGAUGCAGAUGUUGGUUGUGUGGAUUGUGCAGUGGUGAGUGUAGUCUCAGUGUUGAUGAUGGUGGUGGUGUUGGGCACGACUUGUGCGUUGUCGAGUAAUUGUUCUGUUGUGAGUUGCGCGACAUCGGUAACUGGUUGUGAUGUUGGAGAUGCAGAUGUUGGUUGUGUGGAUUGUGCAGUGGUGAGUGUAGUCUCAGUGUUGAUGAUGGUGGUGGUGUUGGGCACGACUUGUGCGUUGUCGAGUAAUUGUUCUGUUGUGAGUUGCGCGACAUCGGUAACUGGUUGUGAUGUUGGAGAUGCAGAUGUUGGUUGUGUGGAUUGUGCAGUGGUGAGUGUAGUCUCAGUGUUGAUGAUGGUGGUGGUGUUGGGCACGACUUGUGCGUUGUCGAGUAAUUGUUCUGUUGUGAGUUGCGCGACAUCGGUAACUGGUUGUGAUGUUGGAGAUGCAGAUGUUGGUUGUGUGGAUUGUGCAGUGGUGAGUGUAGUCUCAGUGUUGAUGAUGGUGGUGGUGUUGGGCACGACUUGUGCGUUGUCGAGUAAUUGUUCUGUUGUGAGUUGCGCGACAUCGGUAACUGGUUGUGAUGUUGGAGAUGCAGAUGUUGGUUGUGUGGAUUGUGCAGUGGUGAGUGUAGUCUCAGUGUUGAUGAUGGUGGUGGUGUUGGGCACGACUUGUGCGUUGUCGAGUAAUUGUUCUGUUGUGAGUUGCGCGACAUCGGUAACUGGUUGUGAUGUUGGAGAUGCAGAUGUUGGUUGUGUGGAUUGUGCAGUGGUGAGUGUAGUCUCAGUGUUGAUGAUGGUGGUGGUGUUGGGCACGACUUGUGCGUUGUCGAGUAAUUGUUCUGUUGUGAGUUGCGCGACAUCGGUAACUGGUUGUGAUGUUGGAGAUGCAGAUGUUGGUUGUGUGGAUUGUGCAGUGGUGAGUGUAGUCUCAGUGUUGAUGAUGGUGGUGGUGUUGGGCACGACUUGUGCGUUGUCGAGUAAUUGUUCUGUUGUGAGUUGCGCGACAUCGGUAACUGGUUGUGAUGUUGGAGAUGCAGAUGUUGGUUGUGUGGAUUGUGCAGUGGUGAGUGUAGUCUCAGUGUUGAUGAUGGUGGUGGUGUUGGGCACGACUUGUGCGUUGUCGAGUAAUUGUUCUGUUGUGAGUUGCGCGACAUCGGUAACUGGUUGUGAUGUUGGAGAUGCAGAUGUUGGUUGUGUGGAUUGUGCAGUGGUGAGUGUAGUCUCAGUGUUGAUGAUGGUGGUGGUGUUGGGCACGACUUGUGCGUUGUCGAGUAAUUGUUCUGUUGUGAGUUGCGCGACAUCGGUAACUGGUUGUGAUGUUGGAGAUGCAGAUGUUGGUUGUGUGGAUUGUGCAGUGGUGAGUGUAGUCUCAGUGUUGAUGAUGGUGGUGGUGUUGGGCACGACUUGUGCGUUGUCGAGUAAUUGUUCUGUUGUGAGUUGCGCGACAUCGGUAACUGGUUGUGAUGUUGGAGAUGCAGAUGUUGGUUGUGUGGAUUGUGCAGUGGUGAGUGUAGUCUCAGUGUUGAUGAUGGUGGUGGUGUUGGGCACGACUUGUGCGUUGUCGAGUAAUUGUUCUGUUGUGAGUUGCGCGACAUCGGUAACUGGUUGUGAUGUUGGAGAUGCAGAUGUUGGUUGUGUGGAUUGUGCAGUGGUGAGUGUAGUCUCAGUGUUGAUGAUGGUGGUGGUGUUGGGCACGACUUGUGCGUUGUCGAGUAAUUGUUCUGUUGUGAGUUGCGCGACAUCGGUAACUGGUUGUGAUGUUGGAGAUGCAGAUGUUGGUUGUGUGGAUUGUGCAGUGGUGAGUGUAGUCUCAGUGUUGAUGAUGGUGGUGGUGUUGGGCACGACUUGUGCGUUGUCGAGUAAUUGUUCUGUUGUGAGUUGCGCGACAUCGGUAACUGGUUGUGAUGUUGGAGAUGCAGAUGUUGGUUGUGUGGAUUGUGCAGUGGUGAGUGUAGUCUCAGUGUUGAUGAUGGUGGUGGUGUUGGGCACGACUUGUGCGUUGUCGAGUAAUUGUUCUGUUGUGAGUUGCGCGACAUCGGUAACUGGUUGUGAUGUUGGAGAUGCAGAUGUUGGUUGUGUGGAUUGUGCAGUGGUGAGUGUAGUCUCAGUGUUGAUGAUGGUGGUGGUGUUGGGCACGACUUGUGCGUUGUCGAGUAAUUGUUCUGUUGUGAGUUGCGCGACAUCGGUAACUGGUUGUGAUGUUGGAGAUGCAGAUGUUGGUUGUGUGGAUUGUGCAGUGGUGAGUGUAGUCUCAGUGUUGAUGAUGGUGGUGGUGUUGGGCACGACUUGUGCGUUGUCGAGUAAUUGUUCUGUUGUGAGUUGCGCGACAUCGGUAACUGGUUGUGAUGUUGGAGAUGCAGAUGUUGGUUGUGUGGAUUGUGCAGUGGUGAGUGUAGUCUCAGUGUUGAUGAUGGUGGUGGUGUUGGGCACGACUUGUGCGUUGUCGAGUAAUUGUUCUGUUGUGAGUUGCGCGACAUCGGUAACUGGUUGUGAUGUUGGAGAUGCAGAUGUUGGUUGUGUGGAUUGUGCAGUGGUGAGUGUAGUCUCAGUGUUGAUGAUGGUGGUGGUGUUGGGCACGACUUGUGCGUUGUCGAGUAAUUGUUCUGUUGUGAGUUGCGCGACAUCGGUAACUGGUUGUGAUGUUGGAGAUGCAGAUGUUGGUUGUGUGGAUUGUGCAGUGGUGAGUGUAGUCUCAGUGUUGAUGAUGGUGGUGGUGUUGGGCACGACUUGUGCGUUGUCGAGUAAUUGUUCUGUUGUGAGUUGCGCGUUGUCGGUAUGUGGUUGUGCGUUUGUUGAUCUGUCAAUUUUUUGUUUUGAAUUUUCAUUAUUAUUUGUAUUGUCAAUGUUUUUUUUGUGA